AGCUGACAGCAGCCGGUGGACGUUUUGACACUACACAGCUGUGUGGAGGUUGAUCGCUUUAUCCUCAGCCUGCCGCGCAGAUUCCUGGACAACAAGACACUCGCGCUGGUUCUACUUAGGUUAGUCAACGAAAAAGGGAGAAAACCACAGUAUUUUGAUAAAAACAGGAGAUGUGUGCUGCUGUGUAUGUGCUGUCAACGGUAACGGGCUACGUGCUCGCCUCUGCCCUGCUGCUCAAAUGCCCAAAUAUUUUGCACCGGAGGAAGCGAGAGGCUUUUCGCAGCAGGCACAUAUCCCACCGCGGAGGAGCCGGUGAAAACCUGGAAAACACCAUGGCAGCUUUCCAGCACGCCGUGGAGCUCGGCACGGACAUGCUGGAGCUGGACUGCCACCUGACUAAAGACGAAGAGGUCGUGGUGUCGCAUGACGCCAGCUUGCAGAGGGCCUCCGGCAUCAACGACCACAUCUCCAACGUAUGCUACGCUGAGCUCCCUCCAUACCUCCGCAAGCUGGGUGUCACUUUUCAGAGAGAGUGCUUCUGUGAAGGCGGGGAGGACAAGCGCAUCCCUCUCCUCAAGGAGGUCUUUGAUGCUUUUCCCAAUACUCCCGUCAACAUUGACAUCAAGGCCAACAAUGACACGCUCAUCAAGAAGGUCUCUGAGCUGGUUGUAAAGUACGACAGAGAGCAUCUGACCGUCUGGGGCAACGCCAGCAACAAGAUUGUGAAGAAGUGUUACAAAGAGAACCCGCAUAUUCCCGUGUUGUUCAGCCUUCCCAGAGUACUGCAGCUGUUAGGCCUCUUCUACACGGGCCUUCUGCCUUUUGUUCCCCUCAAGGAGCAGUUUCUGGAGAUCCCCAUGCCUUCUAUCAUGACCAAACUAAAGGAUCCCAACAGGUUAACGAGGAGUCAGCGAAUCAUCACCUGGCUGGCAGACACUUUGCUGAUGAGGAAAGCUCUGUUCAAUCAUUUAACUGCACGGGGGAUACAGGUGUACAUCUGGGUGCUGAACGACGAGGAAGACUUCCAGAGGGCGUUUGACUUGGGAGCCACGGGGGUUAUGACCGAUUUCCCCACCAGGCUUAAAGACUUCUUGGACAGGAACAGUGUUUCUAAGAGCCAGUGACAAACCUGUUUGAUGCUUUAUCAAUGCUCUCGAGUUUAAAAGCAGCACCUUAGAGGAUAUCUAUUCAACGCCUCAAAAUGGAAAAUAGCCCCCUUCAUUUUUAUUGUAGAUUCACUUUUUUAAGUUUUAAGGAUUUUUAAAACUGCUGAUGCCGUUUGAAAGCAGCUUUGCAACAAUUAGCGGUUCUUUUUUUUCCUUUUUACAAUCAGAAUGAAAGAUCUGACUUUUUUUUUUAAAAUACAUGCUGGAACCAAAAACAUUUUUACCGUUCACAAGUGAGGCAUAAGAAUUUCAAAAGGACCACUGAAAGUUCCACUGCACCUCAUUGACAAUCCAAACGCACAUUCAGUUGAACUCUAAAGUUUUUUGUUUUUCUAGAAAAAAAAAUCCCUGUUGUCAUAUAUUCAUGUGCAGAAGGUUAGUUCCGUAAUUUUCCUCUGACUCAAAUGAGAUGACUAAAACUGACUUAUUAUACCAAUUAAUGAAUCAAAGAGAGACAUUUUGCACAAGUUGAAACUUUUGUUUGUUGUACUAAUGAGUCGUACAUUUUCCGGUGUUAAGUGAUUGUAAACACAAUGGAACUUCAUAUCUAAGAAAAUACGAUCAUUUUUUAAUCUAUGAGCUUUCACAUAAAUCUAAAGGAAUUAAAUGAAAACUUUAAAAACUGAUGUAUGUUGAUGAAUUCCUUCAUCUCGGUGACUCAACAUUGAAAUGUAUUAAGGACAGGAGCGCUUUAGCAGGUAUCACAGUAUAAAAACAUGAUUAUUAGGUUUAAGACUUGUGAUGAAUGUGGAAUUGGUUGUUUAUCGUUUGGUAUUUACUCCUUGUACUAUUUUUCUACUUGCGUUUGUUGUUGGGCAUUUUGUCGUGUGAGUACUGUCACUGAAUGAGUGGAGGAAGAUCUGCACAAUCUGUGUUUGUCUUAUAUUUUGUUUUGAGAACACCUGUACAUUCAAAAUCAUUGUGAUCUGCCAAUCAUAUUACAGAUCUUACCUUAUGGAAUUUGUGAAUAUGUUAAUGCUCUGUACUCUCUGGUUUUUAUUUUGAGAGCCUAAAUUAAUAUAUUUAUUCAUCUUUGUCAGAACCAGUUUGUGGGACCUGGCUGCCAAAUAAAAGUUUUUCUCACAGAAAAAGAAUGCUGUUUGAUUACAUUUGAUCAAUGUCAAUAAAAAUCAGGACUAUA